UGCUCUUAACUCUGGGCUGUACCACUUAUUCAGGCGCUGCUCAUUUGCUCAACGACCAAAGAACGAGACUGCUUAUGAAUUAGAAGCGUGACCUUUGCCCAUGUCCAUGUACUUCACCAGCAGCCGCUUUGCGGCUUUUCUCUUCCUCAGUCAAGCCGGGUUUAUCAUUCUGUUUGGAUUCCUGGUAGAUUACGGCUGGGAUGCCACGCCGGUGUCACUGCGCGAACGCCAGAUGGGCGAUCUGGUGCAGGACGACGUGGACGCCGGGCGAAAUGUGGAUUUCAGUGCGCCGCGGAAGUCGCUUGAGCGAUACUAUGGCAUGUUCCAAGAUGUGCACGUGAUGAUCUUCGUCGGUUUCGGAUUUCUCGUGGCCUUUAUGAGAAAUUAUGGAUAUAGCGGGGUGGGUUUCACCUUUAUCCUUGCCGCAUACGUCCUGCAGUGGGCGCUGCUGAUGCGCGGCCUGCUGCGACUACAGGACAACCGAAACCGCAUUCGCUUGGACGUUGAGAACCUUCUGGACGCCGACUUCACCGCCGGUACAAUCCUCAUCACUUUCGGCGUCAUUCUGGGCAAAUUAAACCGUUUGCAAUACCUAAUCACCAUCUUCAUGGAGGUGGUCUUCGUCACCGUCAACGAGUGGAUCUGCAUGGAUCUUUUCAAUGCCAACGAUGUCGGUGGCACCAUCACCAUCCACCUAUUCGGAGCGUACUUCGGGCUGGCCAUGGCGAAGACGCUGCACCUGGACGAGUACUCGGACAGCAAGUUCAACACGCUGAAAUUCGGGACGCACUAUAAUGAUCUGCUGACGAUGAUCGGCACUUUGUUCCUCUGGAUGUUCUGGCCCAGCUUCAAUGCGGCACCGGCUGUAGGCGACGGUCGCUACCGGGCGGUGAUGAAUACUUACCUGUCGGUGUCGGCUAGCUGUAUCGGGGCAUUUAUGAUCUCAGCCGUGACUUCGAAUAAGCGAUUUCGAAUGGACAUUAUCCAGAAUGCCACUUUAGCAGGGGGUGUGGUCAUUGGUUCGGCAUGCGAUAUGUACUUGUACGGAUGGGGAGCGCUAAUUGUCGGAUUCUGUGCGGGCUGUAUCUCUGCUCUCGGCUUUCACUUCAUCAUGAAGAGAAACUUGGGCAUCCAUGAUACGUGUGGCGUCCACAAUCUGCACGCCAUGCCCAGUUUCUUCGGGACGAUAAUGAGCGCGAUCGUGAUUGGAUGCGCCACGCCGGAUGUUUAUGGGUCAAGCUUUUACACGAUGUUCCCAACAACCGCCCCGCGCGCCAAUACCACCGAACUGGCCCAACUGCAGUCCAUCUACCCGGAUGUUCGGCCUGGACUGGGGCGUACUAUCGGACAACAAGCAGGCUACCAGAUGGCCGCCAUGGCCACCACCCUGGGCAUCGCCAUUUCCGGUGGCAUCGUGACCGGGUUAGUGCUCAGGUUAGCAUGGUGGAAGGGUCUAUCGGCCGGCAGUUCCUACAACGAUAGUCACCAUUGGGAAGUCCCGGAGGAAGUAACCCACGACGAGAUCCACACGCUGCGCCAUCGGCUGGACAAGAAGGCCCCUUCGGUCAGGAUAUCCAUAGUAAUUUCAGCACGCUGGAGAAAGCCACCAGUACGACGGAGAUUGCGCUGAAUAACCCGGCACAGUUUUCGCAAGACGGUUAUACCCAUUGACUCCGUUACUGUCUACUGAAUGAAAUAUGAAUAUUAUUAUCUGUAAUGAACUAAUGGUUAGAAUAAUAAUAAGUGCAACGCAGAAUAAAAGCAUUUAUUUAUAUGUAUAAGCGAUCUAUCUGUAUAAUUACUGACGUCUCUGAGCGAUGAAAAAUUAUCAACCGUUUUAUUUACAGAGGGUAUUUUGUAUAAACGUAUUAAGCGGUGCAACAUUAUUAACCAGUCCUUCCGCUCCCGAUUUUUGACU